AUGAAUAGAGAGGUGUUGACUGUUGGAGAACAUAGAAUCAUAGUAAAUAAUCCAAAGUUAAAUAAAAUAAAAUCAUCAUCUUCAUCUUCUGCAACAACAUCAACAUCAACAACAACAACAACAACCACAACAACAUCACCCUUUUAUCAACAACCACCCCAACAACAACAACAACCAAAUCAACCAAAUCAACCAAAUCAACCAAAUCAACAACCAACCAAUAAUAAUAAUAAUCAACAAAAUCAACAAAAUGAAAUACUUUACCGUGACGAAAAUAUCAAAGUGGAAAAGGUAAAGGGCGUAUCCAAUCUCUAUGAAACCUGUUCCAAAAUCAAUUAUAAUCAACAAUUGUAUCCGUUGGAGGAAAAGGUAUGGGAGUAUAUAGAGGAGGCAGACGUUGGCGACUUUUAUUGCGCUGGGUCACUCGAGGCAAAGGUGCUUCCAGUCAUCACGGUUGCCGGUUUUGGAGACUUGAAAUUACCCAUACAUUCUCAAGAUAUUGGUCCACUCAUGGAUGUUUGUCAAUUGGUGAGAAGUUAUGGUGUCGGAACAAAGACGAUUACAGACACCAAGAAACACAAGGUCUACGUCAUCGAGAAAUCAAAGUUCACCGUCAAAGGAUCACCUGGAUGGGAUCACUUUCUCAGUAAUAAUCUGGCCUAUACAGUUGCAAAGUAUAUGGGUCUGGUUAAUCCCGAUGCCACAUCAUCAUCAUCAUCAUCUGGAACUGCAUCGGCGCCACCAUACAAACUACCCAAGAUUGCACCGAUAGAACUUCAUCUUCACAGUAUGUUGGUAUACGAUAAACGUUCAAACUUUGAUAUUGCCCAUCGAAGUACACCCAAAGAGGAGAAUAUGAUUGGAUCAUUAAUCAUAUCGUUGCCAUCGCAGCAUGAGGGUGGAUCGAUUAGCGUCGAGCACAAAGAGUGUAGAGUUACAACCAGUUUUCAAUCACAUGCCAAAAAUCAAAUGCGUUUCAUUGCAUACUAUACAGACUGCAAAAAAAGAAUUGAAUCAUUGUCACGUGGAAUGAAUAUCUGUCUCUAUUAUAAUAUUGUUUCAAAAACUCCACUUCAAAAACAUCCAUUCUCUCCUCCACCUCCACAACAACAUCAAACUCAACAACAAACACAGCCUCAACAAACUCAAACACAGCCUCAACCACAAACACAACCACAACAAUCACAACAAUCACAACAAAUUGUUCAACCUCAAAUUCAACCAUUACAAACCCAACAAGAACAAACGCAAACGCAACAACAACAACAACAACAACAAGAAGAAACGGAACAACAUAUCUUGACACCACCAACAUCACCACUUGCAAGACAAAGUUCCGAUCUUUCAACAUUAUCAUCAUAUACGACCAAAUCUCAUUCUAGUAUUUUCGCUUUAUCUAGUCCUCAUCCAUCCUAUUUAUCAUCUGGUUCAUCGGCCCUUUCGACUUCGUCAAUGGGCCAGGCUUCAAGUAUUGCAUCCCCACUUGGCCAAGCUAUGGCUACUCCACUUGCCCAAACCUUGGGUAUUGGAUCACCAACUAAAAAUACCAGCUCUCCCAUUCAUAUCAAUUUCAUCGACGAUCCAAACAAUAACAACAAUAACAAUAAUAGAAAUUAUAAGAAAUUGGCACAGUUGGCACAAAAGAUUAGAGAUAUUUUUGAUUAUCACAAUCAAGAUCAAAUAUCAGACACUGUAAAUGAACAUGGAAAAAGAAAAAUACAAGUUGCUUCAAUUGGAAUGAGACAACAAUUGGCACCAGGCUAUUAUGAAAAUCUAUCACGUUUAGUAUUUUCAUUCGAACAUUUAUAUUCUCCAAAUACUCUUAGUCUCUACACACUCAAAGGAAAUGAUUUAUUGGUGGUCAAUUCAAUUAUUCGAGCCCAUAAAUUAAAUCCUUCCAUUCAAAUUUUAAUUACUUUUGGUUUUAUUCAAAUUAAUAUAGAGGAAGGUUUUGAAAAUUGUUAUCUUGGAGAUAGAAUAUUUAAUGGAGAGUUUAGUUAUCGUCUAUCAAAUAUUUUCGAUAUAUUUACCAAUGAACGAUUCAAUUUCAAAACUCUAAAGAUGUCACCUACCAAUGAAUUGGUUCCAGGUGAAGGAUUGGUUGGUGCCACUCUUACACCAAUCGAAGACGAAGAACCUAUAGAUCAGGCCAUUUCCAACGAAGAUGAGAUAUUUUCAAGAGCAGCUCUCAUUGUUUGGGAUUUACACGGCCGAAAUCCAUACUAUCUUCGAAAGAUGCCCCAUGCCAUUAAAAUCCUCAAGAGUCGUAUCCAGGGUGACACCAAUCCAUUGUUCUUUUUCAAUGAAAUGGACACUAUUCUCGAACACUACUACCUCACUUGGGGUGAAAGAGAUGUCACUAGUAUCAAAGAGAUAUUUGGGUUGAUGUGUGACCUAUCUACACUCGUUUUGGAGCAAGACAAUGGUGCUGCCAAUAGAAAGCUGAUUGUUGCCAACAAUGACAAUCGCAUUCGACGAUUUUUUCAAAGAUUCCUUUACUGCAUCAAGCAUGAUUAUCGCCCCGAGCUCAACAAUUAUAUGGCUCGAUUUGCUCGCAUCUGUGGUCAUGACACAUUUUUGACACUCAUGAUCGAUGGAUGGUUCAACAUCAUCGAGGUAAAAGGAUUUGUAAACAACUGCAACGUACUUGAAAUUCUUUGCAAUCUUUGCGAGUUGGAGGCAAACAACCAAGAAUCCUCAAUGUUUGUUAGAUCCUACUAUGACAAGUUUUUGGUUCAAUGGGUUGGGGCCAUGAUUGACACGUUUGUUUCUACGUGUCCCAUUUGCUUCAAGGGUAAUCCUCCCGUUCAACCUAUUUUUGGCAGUGGCAUCACUGGUAGCAUCAGUGGACCUAGUCCACCCAGUGGACGUCCUCAACAGCAGCCAUUGCAAAAGUGUCCUCAUGUCGGUCCAAGAUUAGAGGAGCUAGUUGCUUUGGUCAACAUCAUUGGUCGUUAUCCAAUCUUUUCAAGUCAUCAACAUUCCUUUUAUCAGGCAAUAGGAAAUAUUAUGACAAACAAUCUAGAUCCCGAGAACCCAUACGCAACCAAUGGGAUCUAUAGGCUUUGGCUCACUGGCAAACCAUUGGUGGAUGACGAAACUUUGGAGCGUAUUUUUACAGAGUGCCUAUCCGCCCAAUCCAGUUCCCAUUUUUAUGCAUCUAUUGCCUCGAUCGAGCAAGUUCAAGAGCAAGUCGAAUAUCUACAAACCUGUUGGAACUACUACUAUGCCAAUGGAAAUCCAGGCAAGUUUGUACAACUUGAAUUGGCUCUUGGUCACUUUGAAAAUUGGAUAUCCUAUGUCAUCUCGAAACUAGUGACCACCAAAGACCCAAAAGUUGUUACGACCUAUGGAUCUAAACUCACAACCUAUAUCACUCCGCCACCUGAAACCAAACAACAAAAACUUGUUUGCGAGGCCGUUGCUUCAUUUUUCAAUCAUGCCCUCAAGAAUGACAAUCUCAUCCCUUCACCGUACGGUCCAGCACCACCUACCAAUCAUCGAAAUCUUGGUCAAUGUGUUGUCAAUGUUUUCCUAAAUAUUGAAAUUGUCAACAAAUACGAGUACUACCCAUUCAUAUACUACCAAAUUGCCAAAAAAUUGGUCAAAGAACAUACACUUUUGACAAUGCAUGGUGAAGGUGGAUUCCUCAUCUUUGUUGAAUCUGGUCUAAACAUUUUACGAGAGGCUCAGGCUUCCAUCAUAUUGCCUCCAAAAGGUUCUAUCGUUUGGCCACCAUCUUGUGGAAUCACAUGUAUAUGCAAUGACUGUCAAAGAUUGAAAUUGUUCCUCAAAACCAAUCAAACAAAGUACACACUUCGUGGUUCCGCCACCAAUAGACAUCACAUUGAGCAAUACCUCAGCAAAUUCUUUUUAAAUUCAGAAACCGAAGGAAAAAAGGCACCAUACCUUUUAAUCAUUACAAAAUCAUUGGAUGCUUUGAACAAAGAAUGGGAAAAAUAUGAAAAACUCUUAAAAUAUAUCUCUGUUUUGGAAAGUUAUUUAUAUCGUUCAAAAUAA